AUGUUCGAAGCACGCUUACUUAAAAGCUCUAUUUUAAAGAAAGUCUUAGAAGCAAUCAAAGAUCUUCUCACUCAGGCGACCUUUGACUGCGAUGACAAUGGAAUCCAACUACAGGCUAUGGACAACUCCCACGUUGCAUUAGUAUCACUGUUAUUAAGGGCAGAUGGAUUCGACAAGUACCGGUGUGAUAGAAAUGUAACAAUGGGCAUGAAUCUUGGCAGUAUGACAAAAAUCUUAAAAUGUGCUGGAGACAAAGAUACGGUUACUAUGAAGGCCCAAGACAAUGCUGACACAGUUACAUUUGUCUUUGAAAGUCCAAACCAAGAAAAAGUUUCUGACUAUGAAAUGAAACUUAUGAAUCUGGAUCUAGAGCAUUUAGGUAUACCUGAGACUGAGUAUAGCUGCACAAUUCGUAUGCCCAGUGCAGAGUUUGCACGCAUGUGUCGAGAUCUGUCACAGUUUGGAGAAUCUAUUGUUAUCUCAUGCACCAAAGAAGGUGUAAAGUUCUCAACAAGUGGUGAUAUUGGUUCUGCUAACAUAAAGUUAGCUCAGACAGCAUCAAUAGACAAGGAAGACGAAGCUGUCAUUAUAGAAAUGGACGAGCCUGUCACACUUACCUUUGCUUGUCAAUACCUCAACUAUUUCACAAAGGCCACUUCACUCAGUCCUCAGGUACAACUGUCAAUGUCAGCCGAUGUACCCUUAGUUGUGGAAUACCGUAUCCCAGAUAUUGGACAUAUCCGUUACUACUUAGCACCUAAGAUUGAGGAAGAUGAUAACUAG